AUGCACCCCAUCCGGAAAACUCCAAGUCGAGCAGCCUGUCUUGCUUGUCGCGCCCGCAAAAUCCGAUGCGAUGGGCGGAAUCCUUGUAGCAGGUGCUCCCACAAAGGAUUGAACUGUGUCUACCGUCCAAGUCGUCGCGGCGGCUUGCGGCGUGGUGCCGAGUCGGCCCCCUAUCGUCCUGUCGCCCCUCAGCCUUCGCCUCCGAAUCCUAUUCUGUAUCCUGCUGUGGCCCAGCAAAGUUUGCCAAUUCCCACGCAGAGAUUGCCCAUACAAGGUCAAUUAGAGGAACAUUGUGAUUUAACGAAUAUCCUCAACCUUCUUAGUCCUUUCAGCGGCAUUCGGAAUUUGGAUGUGGAUUCGAGAUGUGGUUAUCAUGAGAACGAUAGCUAUGGUCCAGGACCUUUGUAUCUGCGCGCUUAUAUUUCUGAUGAAGACAUAUUCAAUGCCUACUAUAUCCAUAUUCAUCCGUUUCUUUCGAUACUUCAGUCUCCGCUGUCAGAUCAAAUCAGCGAUCGAUCGGCGCCGGUGGAAUUUCCGCACACCAACCUUGAACAUAUCGAAAGAUCCUUCCUGCCACACUGGCCGAAUUCUGCACUCACACUGGCACUGUCUGCUAUUCUGGCAUUAAUACCACUCCCUCAGGACCCAUAUCCAUCCAGUGACUCCAGUAUUCGCUUAAGACGCUCAUUCGCACAGCUACUUGCAGAAACAGCAUUCGGCGAAGUGGAGAAGGAGAUUGAUCGUAUUUCUCAAGAACUCUCGCAUGCAAACGGCCCGAUGAGACAGGGCUUUGAUGCCAGUAGCCUUUCGACUUUAUCUCCCGUCCUAGCUCUUGUCAUGCUCAGUAUCUAUGAGUACUGUCAGAGAGGGAACAUGUCUCGUAUGCGGAGUCGCGCCAACCAGGCCAUCACUGCGGCUAUGGAUUUGGGUCUGCACAAUUCAGGGCCUACGGCGACAGAGUCUCAGCGCCGGGCAUGGUGGAGUGCCAUGUUUGUGCUCUAUCUGUCAUCUGCUGAUCAACAAGUAUCGCCCAUUAUUACACUCGAUGAUCAGAAAAUAACAACCCCUUAUCCUUCAUUCCGCGUCUCUUCAGAGCCAUGGCCAUUAAUCUUACAGGCCGAACAGGCGAUUAUCUGUGUCUCGGAAGCCAUAAACGACUGCGGGGCCCAGUCAACGAUGGCUGUGGCGUCUGUGUCGGAGAAGAUUCUGCAACUAGACUCACAGAUUUCAGCUUUGCUAAGGGACUUGGAUUGUUCGCUACAGCUGGAACUCAGGACGGGCGCCGAUGCACGUGCGAUGCAGGUUAUGCGGAUAGUUGCACGAGUAUUGACCCAUUCAGCCCGUUUGAGACUUCAUCGAUUCCGUGCAUUCAUGGAUAUCCCUCUGUUUCUGAACAAGCAUUGUGAUAUCGCCGCCAUCCAAAGGAGAGACGCAGCCAAUCCGCUUUCUAAACAGAGAUUUGAAUCCGCCUUUCCUUUCACUGAGCAGCAAUCAUCUGUAAUUUGCCUCAAAUCAUCACUUUCUGUAGUGCGCGCCUUUGAAGAUUUGGCGUCUCCGGAUCAGUCACGAUGUCCGAUUGGCGGAACGCCUGUGGCAGAUGCACUUAUCUUACCGUUCUUUAUGUGCGGAGCCAUGCAAGGCUCUUACGUCCUGCUCAUGACACACUACCGACUCCGUGCAGCACUGCUCUCCGAUCAGGUCUCGAUUUAUCACCACCUUCUUCACCAGCCAGAACCGGCAUCGGAGAUCCAAGAUGCGGAGAGAUUGUUGCGGGAGCUGCGCCAGGGAAUUGAGUCAAUACUUGGGUCCGUGAGAUUGACGACCAUGUUUGAAGGAGUCGGUGGGAUGAGUCAUGAGAUCCAGGCUGCAUAUCAAGCUGCCUUUUCAACGGUCAUUUUGUAAGAAUUCGCGGCAUCAGGGCGGCCUUUGAUGUGGGUCUAUAUGCUGUCAGCCAAUGAGAAAGCUGAAUUACUACUCGAGCGGCGUUUGGCACAGCAAUCACCGCGUCCACUGACUCUCAGGAUCUAUGCACAUAUACUACGUGAAUCGUCCUCAAAGUCAAUCUAAUCCAGUCUCUUAAUUGCAAUCAUCUACUCUCUUUUGCAUCAAUUAAAUCAAACUCAAGCCUCCAUAGCCUAACCGGCUCCAUGACAUCUCAACCCCCCGACAUGGCAGCCGCCGAAACCCUAGCAGAAGCCCUUCCCACCAUGGCUCUAGCCACCAAAUCCAUCCACGCAGACGAUUGCUUCAGCGCGCACCGCGCCAUCGCUCCAGCAAUGCAUGUGGC